AUGUCUACAUCCCUCAGGUCACUCAUUGAUUGUGAUUCUGACAAGCAGCAAGCUAAGACAAGCCAUCCUGAGAAUGUUCAGGCAGCUGACAGGCUAAGUAGUGGGGAGAAAAUCUUGAUGGCUCUGGCAACUGCUGAGUUUCUAUUGGGCAUUCUGGUAAAUGGAUUCAUAGUUCUGGUGAAUGGCAUUGACUGUGUCAAGAGCAAGAAACUUCCACCAUGUGACCUCAUUCUAGUCAUCUUGGCCAUCUCCAUAAUUGAACUAUCAUGUACAAUAAUAUGGAAUAGCUAUUUAAUUUUAAUCUCUUUUGAUGUACCCACCCGAGUAAGAGUAAUUGAUGUAUUUGUGGUACUGACUCACAACUCAAAUAUUUGGUUUUCCACUAUUCUCAGCAUCUUCUACUUCCUGAAGAUCAUCAACUUCUCUAAUCCCCUUUUCCUCUGGAUGAAAUGGAGAAUUGACAGGAUGCUCUUCAUGCUUUUUUGGAGGCCCUUGAUUAUCUCUUUGUCUAUUAUCUUUCCAAUGGUGGAGAUAAUUCAUUAUUAUCAUCGCAGCAUCUUUAGUGGAGGAAAGAAGAGAAAUGUGUCCCAGGAGGUCCAAGUGAGUAAAAGUAAGCUGCUUGUGCUCCAUGUCUUCUUUGGCCUCCUGAGUAUUGUUCCUUUUACUCUGUCUACAAUCUUUUUCUCCCUACUCUUUGUCUCCUUGUGGAGGCAUACUAGACAGAUGCAACACAAUGCCACAGGUCCUAGCACAGAGGCCCAUGUUCGAGCCAUGAAAGCUGUGUCUUCCUUCCUCAUCCUCAUUUUAUUGUACUAUAUGGGUUUCUUUGUCAUCUUCUGGAACCAUUCAGAGGCAAAGAGUAAGCUGGCUUCCAAUUUGGGAACAUCAAUCAUGUUGCUCUAUCCCUUUGGUCACUCACUGAUCCUGAUUCUGUGGAAUGGCAAGCUGAGGCAGGCCUCCCUGUGGGUGCGGCACCAAGCCCUGUUCUGCCUCAGAGGAAGAAAACCUUAA